AUGGAGUGAGAUCUCUGAUGGAGUCUUUAUAUGAGCCGCUUCUCUUCGCCGGAUAAACCCUUGUUUCUAUUUUGGUUUUCGUGCCGCUCUCAGCUAUCUUCUCCAUCUCUCCAAUCGUCCGAUUAACGUAACUCCACUUCUUGUGGCGGCGAUUCGCAUCUAGCAAAAACCCUAGUCGGCUUCAAUGGGAGACUUCAACGAUGCCUUCAUGCGGAACAACCCUAACGUUCAGGCCCGUGCAAAGGCCCAGAAUCGCGCUAAUGUCAUGCAACUCAAGCUGAUUGGUCAAAGUCAUCCAACUGGGUUGACUGCUAAUCUUCUGAAGCUGUUUGAGCCCCGCCCACCUUUGGAGUACAAACCACCCCCCGAGAAGAGAAAAUGCCCUUCAUAUACUGGGAUGGCACAAUUUGUUAGUAACUUCGCUCAACCUGGUGAUCCAGAAUAUGCUCCACCAAUCCCUGAGGUUGAAACCCCGACUGAACGAAGAGCUAGGAUCCACAAGUUACGGCUGGAGGAGGGUGCUAAAAAGGCUGCUGAGGAGCUUGAAAAAUAUGAUCCUAGCAGCGACCCAAAUGUUACCGGAGAUCCAUACAAGACACUCUUUGUUGCACGACUUAAUUAUGAAACAACAGAAAGCAGAGUCAAACGCGAAUUCGAGGCUUAUGGUCCAAUCAAGCGGGUUCGCUUGGUUAUGGACAAGACAAACAAUAAACCCAGGGGUUAUGCUUUCAUUGAGUUUGUGCAUACACGGGAUAUGAAAGCUGCAUAUAAACAAGCUGAUGGAAAGAAGAUUGAUAAUAGAAGAGUGCUGGUUGAUGUUGAACGUGGUAGAACAGUCCCCAAUUGGCGUCCCCGCAGACUUGGCGGUGGACUUGGAACAACAAGAGUUGGAAAUGAAGAUGCUAAUAGAGAGGUGGUUCAGCCGGGAAGGGCAGCAUCUCGCUCUGAGGAGCCAAGAGCACGAGAUGACAGGGACAGCAGGGAUCGGGAGAAGUCCCGUGAAAGGGUGCGAGAUAAGGACAGAGAGAAAUCUCGUGAGCGUUCUCAUGACAGACCAAGGGAACGUGAAAGAGAUGACAAACAUCAUAGGGAACGCGAAAGAACCAGAGAAAGAGAAAAAGAUCGCGGUCGUGACCGUGAUCGCGAACGUGAUAGGACACGUGACCGUGAGCGAGGCAAAGACAAAGACCGGGAUGGUCACCGUGAGCGAGAUCGCCACCGCGAGAAGGACAGGGAAAAAGGUAAGGAUGAAGGUGAGGUUGACCAGGGUCGUGAGCGUUCUCGUGAUAGAGAAUAUGAUUAUGAGCAUGUUGAAUCAAAACACGAGCGGGGACGACACGGUGACAAAGAAAGGAAUUAUGAUCCUGCCGAACCUGAAGAUGAUCAUGGACAUUAUGACUAUUAUGAUCACCACCAAGGUCGAGGAGACUAUGAGAAUCCAGAUGCACAAGGUGGUGAUGAUCGCUAUAAAGAUGCCAGUCGUGGUCAUGAUCGUUAUGAUCAAAUGGAAGAGGAUAAUUAUGCCUAUGACCACGGGGCAUCUGAGGCAAAAGAAAGGGACCAGGAUUACAAGCGUUCAGAUAGGUCACAUUCUCGUGAAUAUGACUACUGACGAUGAAGAGUAUGCUUCAGCUUGUGUUGCUGUGGAAGACAUGGCCUACUGAUACCUCAAUGAAAAUGCAACUAUCUGUUGGAAUACCUGCUUGACUAGUGCGGGAAUGGAAACACUAAGAUGAUGGUGCGACGCAUCGGCCCAUGUUUUAAAUUUUGUAUCUGCUUUUGGAAUUGUUUGGUAAAUUACUUGCGGAGUUCUUAUGUGAACUUGUUAAAUGUGAAUUUAUUCGGGAUUUGUGUGCGCUUUUGUGUUUGUUACGAGUACUUGUAUGUUGAACAGACUAUUCGCUCAUGUUAUGGUAUUUUGGUUCUUUAUUAGCAUAUUUGUUUUUGGA